AUGAAGUUCUUAUGGUGUAUUUUAUUACAAUCCAUUGUCCUUAUUGAUGGAAAAGGAAAUUUGUAUACUAUCCCUCCACAAUUCGUACCUAAUCUUUUACAAGCGUCUGCUGAUUGUUUAACUAAAACUGAUGUGGAGGGAGAUACUGUACAAAAAAUAAUCACUGGGCAGAUUGAGAAUACUGAAAAGUUUAAAAACUUCUUAUACUGCUUCGCUACAAAAUCAGGGUACGCUGAUGACCAUGGUCACUUUAAUGUAGACAAAAUGGCUGAAUUAGUAGAGAACCAUAAGGACAAAUCUCGAUAUCUUGAUACCCUAAAAGAAUGCAAUAAAGAGAACGGAAGUGACAAUCACGAUACUAUGUACAAAGUAGCAAUUUGUUUCCGUGAUAAUACCCCCAUACAUUUCGUUAUG